AUGGAAACGCCAUCAGUGGAUGUAGAUAAUAUUAUCGAUCGGUUAUUGGAAGUAAGAGGUUCCAAGCCGGGUCAACAAGUUGAUUUAGAAGAGCAUGAAAUUAGGUAUCUCUGUUCCAAGGCAAGAUCUAUAUUCAUAAAACAACCUAUUCUGCUAGAAUUAGAAGCACCAAUUAAGAUUUGCGGUGAUAUUCAUGGCCAGUACUACGAUUUGCUACGUCUUUUUGAAUAUGGUGGAUUCCCACCUGAAUCCAAUUAUUUGUUCUUGGGAGAUUAUGUGGAUAGGGGUAAACAAUCUUUAGAGACAAUCUGUUUACUGUUAGCUUACAAGAUCAAAUAUCCGGAAAAUUUUUUCAUUCUAAGAGGCAAUCACGAAUGUGCUUCGAUUAAUAGAAUCUAUGGGUUUUAUGAUGAAUGUAAGAGGCGUUAUAACAUUAAACUUUGGAAAACGUUCACGGACUGUUUUAACUGUUUACCCAUUGCUGCUAUUAUUGACGAAAAAAUCUUUUGUAUGCAUGGUGGUCUUUCACCUGAUUUGAAUAGUAUGGAACAAAUUAGAAGGGUUAUGAGACCAACUGAUAUUCCAGAUGUUGGGUUGCUGUGCGACUUAUUGUGGUCUGAUCCUGAUAAAGAUAUUGUUGGAUGGUCAGAAAAUGAUAGAGGUGUUUCCUUUACAUUUGGGCCUGAUGUGGUCAACAGAUUUUUACAAAAGCAAGAUAUGGAGUUAAUCUGUAGAGCACAUCAAGUUGUUGAAGAUGGUUACGAGUUUUUCAGUAAAAGGCAAUUGGUAACGCUUUUUUCAGCACCAAAUUAUUGUGGUGAGUUUGACAAUGCGGGUGCGAUGAUGAGCGUUGAUGAAAGUUUGUUGUGCUCAUUCCAGAUUUUGAAACCUGCGCAAAAGAGUUUACCAAGGCAGCAAGGUGGUAGGAAGAAGAAAUAA